CACUGGUUUGAAAUAUGUUUUUUUUUAUCUGUUCUUUGAAAUGUAAUAUGAUUGUGAUUGCCAAUUUAUUUUAGAGGUUUUCCGCAUUUUUGUUAGUUUUAAAAUCAAUUAUCAUUUUUAAAUGAUUUAAAUUUAAGUUAAUUUUAAUUUGGUAAUAAUUGCCAGAAAUAGUACAAGUAUUACUCUGUAGAAUGCGAGUUAUAACCAUACUUAUAACCAUUUCAUUUCUUUACUUUUCAUCUUCCUAAGAGCCAAUUCCAUUUCGAAUCCUUCGCUUUAAUUUUUAUUGCCUUUACCUUUGCUUUGACCCACUUCCAGGGAAAAUCCACCUGCGCCCCACUGUGCACUGGUGGUAAACGAACGUUUUAACGUUCUCCAUUUGGUGGUGACUGGUCGACUCCUGCGAGGGGGAUGAGGUGGAAGUGUAAGUGGGAUGGAGGAGUGGUUGCCCGUUGGCAUGGUGCACGCGAAAAAGCCAAACGAACAGUACAUUUUCCAGGCAAACUCCUCGCUGCUUUCGAGGAGUCCGUCUAGAACUGUUGGUCGCGUUGGUUGAGAGUUCCACACUUUCCACAUUACAUACUAUUUAGUAUUCACAUUACCUACAAUUAGGGCGCUCCAAGAUGAGUCUGCUUUUGAGGCGACGUUCGCGCAGCGAGACGCGUUCUCAGGAGAUUCGGGCGGAGAAGGCCAAGCAACUGGAACCGAAACCGGAUGCACCGGACAGACAGCAGCACCACCACCAGCAGCAGCUGGCGAAGCCCCACCAGAUGCGCCACCCUCCGCAUGCCAGUGAGCAGAACCUGAACAAACUGGGCCUGGUGUCCAGUGGUGGUGCAGGUGGAAUGGGCAGGCGCAAGACAUCCGCCGAACUCAUCAGCGAGGCCAAGAUGUUCCUGGGCGAGUCCGUGGGCGGCGCCGUUCCCCUGAUGGCCACCGGUGGUGCCCGGUUGGUCAGCACCCGACGACCCAUCACACCCCGCGAAUCUGGACGGGUUUUGUACGGCAAAGUUGCUUUGGCUGGACGUCCACCCAGUGCUUUUUCCAUGCGCUAUCUGCAGAACGAGAAACCAUCUACGCCCCGCCAGCUGCCGGCUCUAUCUGGUUCUGGACCCGCCACGCCCAUGCCCACCAGAAAUGGCGCCCUGCUCUGCCAGUGCAGCACAGAAACCCUCAUCGAACUGCUGAAGCAGCACAGUGGUCUCAAGGAUUGCAGCGAUGAGACGGUGCAGCACAUAAAUGCGAUCCUCCAGGAGCUUUAUACGCGAGUGAGAAAACAGGAGCGCAGCUUCAAGCGUGGCUUCAUCCUAGGAGGUCUUUACGGUUUGGUGGAAUGCAGUUCCCCACGAGUUCUCUUAGCUGUGGCUCGUGUGGUUCUGGCGCUCAGGGUCACGGGCAGCAAUCUCACGGGUGCCUGCAAGCUGAUCUUCAAGGUGGCCAGGCACGAGCAGCACGAUGCCCUGUUCCACGAGCACGAUGUGCUGGAACUGCUAAUUGAUGGCCUGGGACACGCCUCGCCCUUGGAUGAGCCGGAGGCUUGCAUUUAUGCCUACGGUUGCAUACGUUUCCUGACCGCCAGCAGUGCCCAGGAGCGCGAUGAUGCUCUGAACCGCAACUGGAUUGGUCUGGAGAGCUCCGGCGAAAGUCAUCCGCUGCCUAUUCCCGCUCUGAUGCCUCCUGCUCUGUCGGCCAUAUCGACUGGCCUGUGUCCCAGGAAAUUGACGGGCCAGCAGACAUUGGUUUGCCGUCUGGCCCGUCAUGGAGCCGUGGAGCUGAUGAUAUUGCACCUGCAGAUGUUGAAUGAGGCGGGGGCCACCAAACGCCUCCAGGGUCCACCGCUUCACACCCUCUAUCAAUUGUCGGCGGCCAUGAGAGCUCUGGCGGAUGUUUCCCAGCAGCAGCAGCGACUGCAGCUUCAAUUGCAACUGGCCUGUCCACAUCUCAUCCGAGCAGCCGAGGUUUCCAUGGGCGAACUGGAGGUGCAGGCCAAUGUGGUGCGCACCCUGAGCGUUCUCUCCGAGGACUCCGAUUGCUGUGAAACGCUGCACAACUAUGCUGCCAGGAUUGGCCUGCUCCUGGGUCCUUCUUGUGCCGGUGGUGGCCAGUGCAGUGAACGUCUCCUGGCGGUGCUUAGUCGUCUGGGCUACAUGCUGGGCAAUAUACUGGCCAAACACGAGUCGGCUCGCAUACAGUACUUUCACAACGACGUGGCCAUGGAGUAUCUUCUGAAUAUCCUGGAGCAACUCAACGAUCGCUCACCCACCAGUGUGGCUCUUUUGGAUGCCCAAAUCAAGUUGAUCCGAGUGGUGGCCAAUAUGAGCGUGAAUCCCGAGGUGGGCGCUGGCUUGGGAAAUGUCCGUUCCCUGGGCGCCGUGCUGCUGCAGCUUUUGAGCAAAACCAGCGGCGAGUUGGCCAAGAAGAAGUCACCGGAACAACAGGAGCUGAUGCAUGCCACCUUAGGAGCCCUGCACAAUCUGUGUUUCUACCAGGACAAACAGGCAGCCGUGCAGCCUUUGGCCGAGGGAUCCCUUCAGAGUUUGAUUGACGACUUGUCUGAUUCGCUGGCCAAGGUUUUGGGCAAAUGCCAGACGUCAGUGACCAAAGUGGAGUUGGCCCGGGUGUUGGGAAAUCUGACGAGGAACGAGCGGGCACGUCGAUGUUUCUGUGCGGCCGGAGGAUUGCCAUUGAUGGUGCAGCAACUCACGAAGCAAGCAGCUGGCCAGGAUUACGAGCUGCGCACCUGUGCCAUUGGUGUUCUGGUGAAUCUCUUGGGCGAUGGCGAACAGCGAGGUCCUUUCCUGCAACUCCGGGGAGCGGAACUGCUGUCUCUACUGCUGCGUGGAUCCUUGGAGCAGGAGGAUUGGUUUCUGGCCAAUAUCGUUUGCCAGGCCCUCUGGAAUCUCCUUAUCGACGGCCAGUGUGCGGCCAAUCUCUGCCAGAGCGGUAAUAUACUCGAUGAAGUGAGCGAUAUGUUGGCCGAUUAUCUCGAUGAGGAGCGAUUGCUGCCCGGCGAUAACGAUAACGAUGAGGACGAACCGGAGCGGGAUCACGAGGAUGUGGAUGCGGAUGCGGCGGAAACGGAUGCGGAAGCCCAUGACGCUUUGUGGGAGGACUUCGCCCUGGUGGCCACCGAUUUGCUGGAACGCAUCCAAAACAAUUUCGAUAGGCAACAGCAAUCGCAGACAUUGGUGCUGCAGCACGCCGAGACCGAAGACGAUAAUGAUGUUUUCAUCGAGGAAAUGUAGUAACAAAUCAUUCGAUAGUUUAUAGUGUUUCUAUGUGUUUGCAAUAUUAUUCGAUAAAUAUCCUGAACCAAAUAAUCAAAGCCAAUAAAGUAUGUUUUGAAAUACCCCUAGAAUGGUUUGACUCAAGUGUUUGGAUGGGAAUGUGGUGUAAUAUACUCGAAGGUCCAUUUGUAAUUCAUAAUAAUAACUCAAAUGUUUCAUAUAUAAAUAUUUCAGAUAAGAUAUGAUCAUAAUUUACAAUGAAAAAAAUGGUAUUUUGACAGCAAAAUGAUAAAUCUGCCUUGGAAAUCAAUAUCUUUAGCUAAUGCUUCCUAAAUAUAAACAAUGAUGACGAUUUCUUUUUAACGAGGAAAUUAAUAUCCGAACAAGUUCCUAGUCUUUCAGACACUAAGCUACAAACUUUGGGGUUUGUUUAGAAAUUCAGACCCACAAACUGGGUCGGCACACAAUAUUAAUAAACAAACUGCCUUCGGAGUUACCUUGUUAAGACAAAAAUACUUGGUUCUGUAAACUAGAAAUAUGUUUAUAAGCUAUAAUUAUUAUUUGGGAAAUAUUAUAUGCCUUUUGCGAUAUUUUUGGUAGAAAACAGUUGCUAUUAUUUUUAAGGUGUAGUAACUUCCACUUUUGCCUAGUGCUAUGAAAAAAUUGUAAUUUAAUCCCAACGUCAUAUUCGAGUUCAUUUGAAGUAAUGGAUAUGUUUAAAAACAAAUACUUCAUAUUUUAAGAUUCUAAAAAAAAAGGAACUGAAGAGCUUAAUACUUUUGUAAAGUUUUUUAAAGUCGCUUUGCCCAAUUAUGUUAACGGGUGUACUUUAAACGACAUAUUCAAGUGAUGACAACAUCGCACACACACACACUAGCGGAAACCAAUACACGCACCUCUUAAGCCAAGUUUGGGUUCCAAUCGGAAUCAGUCUUAUUGGCUAGCUGCCCAUUAAGCUGGGCUUUAUUUAUAAGUAUGAGUGUAGAAAAAUUGAUAAAGCGAAAAAAAAAGGUAAACGCUGCCCUCGAUUUGUAUUUUUUGUUAGUGAAAUUGUGAAUCAUCCCCGCACAUUGUUGCUCUUUUUUCGCCCUCUCUCCCUCUCUUUUCCUCUCUGUUUUUCUUAUUGGCCGUCUUUUCUCUCAUUCUCCUGCAAUUCCAGCUUUUUGUAAUAUUAUUUAUUUAUGCAUUUUGUUUAUUAAUUUUUCUCGCCAAAGCUUUAGAAUCUUUAGGUAAUAUUUGAGGUUAAAUAGAGAAAGGUAGAAAAAAGAAAUGACAACAUGUGAAUGAAAUCAGCUGGUUUUUAGGCUUCUGAAGAAAGAAACUUUUAGUUGCCGGCUGUCUCAAACAUUUUGAAUAAUUUAAAACAAGUAAAAGAGAUUCCUUUAAUACUAGAGGAACAUUAGUUACCAACGGCAACAAAAUGAAGAUAAUAGUGGUGGCGAAAAUCAGUUUGCAAACGUCAUCUAAAGAAAGUUAUUAUACAAAAAAAGAGCAUAAUAGAGCGCCUUCUCUUACGGGUUUCUUUUUUGUUUAUCUUUUUGGAUUCUCUUUUUUGGGGUCUAAUGCAUUACAAUUAUAAAUCUUUUAAGGAUCCCUCUAUAUUUUAAAGUUUUUUUUUUGAAAUUUGUUUGUAUUUCAUUCAUAUUCACCUAUAGUUUGUAGGUUAACAUAUAAUUUAUUAAGAUCAUACUAUAAUUAAAAAAAGAACAAGCUCUGCUUUGAUUUGACAGACUUUUUUCACAAAUAACUAAUAAAACUAAAACAAAUAACUAAUAAAGAAAACGCAUUUUGUGGGCUUCUUAGAAACGGUUCUAGUUUUAAACGUUUUAAAUUAUGUUUUUAAUUUUGAAGCUUUAAAUUUCAAAGGGCUUGUAUUAUUUUGGGUUUCAUUUCUUGUGCUUUUUUAGGAUCCCAACCUUUGUUUGCUACUUUUGACUAUAUUUCUUGGAUCCUCUUAUUUGAGGGGUCGUAUUUCCUGUGUGAUCUUCUAUUUGGGAUGUUUUUGCUUGGAGAGCCCCACCUUUUUGUUAGGGAAUAU